AUGCUGAAGAUGCUCUCCUUUAAGCUGCUGCUCCUGGCCGUGGCUCUGGGCUUCUUUGAAGGAGAUGCUAAGUUUGGGGAAAGAAUCGAAGGGAGCGGAGCGCGGAGGAGAAGGUGCCUGAAUGGGAACCCCCCGAAGCGCCUGAAAAGGAGAGAUAGGCGGAUGAUGUCCCAGCUGGAGCUGCUGAGUGGGGGAGAGAUGCUGUGCGGUGGCUUCUACCCUCGGCUGUCCUGCUGUCUGCGGAGUGACAGCCCAGGGUUGGGGCGCCUGGAUAACAAGAUAUUUUCUGUUACCAACAACACAGAAUGUGGGAAGUUACUGGAGGAAAUCAAGUGUGCACUUUGCUCUCCACAUUCUCAGAGCCUGUUCAACUCACCUGAAAGAGAAGCCUUGGAAAGAGACCUUGUACUUCCCCUGCUCUGCAAAGACUAUUGCAAAGAAUUCUUUUAUACUUGCCGAGGCCAUAUUCCAGGUUUCCUUCAAACUACUGCUGAUGAGUUUUGCUUUUACUAUGCAAGAAAAGAUGGUGGGUUGUGCUUUCCAGAUUUUCCAAGAAAACAAAUCAGAGGACCAGCAUCUAACUACUUGGACCAGAUGGAAGAAUAUGACAAAGUGGAAGAGAUCAGCAGGAAGCACAAACACAACUGCUUCUGUAUCCAGGAGGUGGUGAAUGGGCUGCGCCAGCCUGUCGGUGCCCUGCACAGCGGGGACGGCUCUCACCGGCUCUUCAUUCUGGAAAAAGAAGGUUACGUGAAGAUACUUACCCCCGAAGGAGAAAUUUUCAAGGAGCCUUAUUUGGACAUUCACAAACUUGUUCAAAGUGGAAUAAAGGGAGGAGAUGAAAGAGGUCUGCUAAGCCUCGCAUUCCAUCCCAAUUACAAGAAAAAUGGAAAGCUGUAUGUGUCUUAUACCACCAACCAAGAACGGUGGGCUAUCGGGCCUCAUGACCACAUUCUUCGAGUUGUGGAAUACACAGUAUCCAGAAAAAAUCCCCAUCAAGUUGAUUUGAGAACAGCCAGAGUAUUUCUUGAAGUGGCAGAACUCCACAGAAAGCAUCUAGGAGGGCAACUGCUCUUUGGCCCUGAGGGCUUUUUGUACAUCAUUCUCGGUGAUGGGAUGAUCACACUGGAUGAUAUGGAAGAAAUGGAUGGGUUAAGUGAUUUCACAGGGUCGGUGCUGCGGCUGGACGUGGACACAGAUAUGUGCAACGUGCCUUAUUCCAUCCCCAGAAGUAAUCCGCACUUCAACAGCACCAACCAGCCCCCGGAAGUGUUUGUGCACGGCCUGCAUGAUCCAGGCAGAUGUGCUGUGGAUCGACAUCCCACUGACAUAAACAUCAAUUUAACAAUACUUUGUUCAGACUCCAAUGGAAAGAACAGAUCAUCAGCCAGAAUCCUACAGAUAAUAAAGGGGAAAGACUAUGAAAGUGAGCCAUCACUUUUAGAAUUCAAGCCAUUCAGUAAUGGUCCUUUGGUGGGUGGAUUUGUUUACCGAGGAUGCCAGUCUGAAAGACUGUAUGGAAGCUAUGUGUUUGGAGACCGGAAUGGGAAUUUCUUAACCCUCCAGCAAAGUCCCGUGAGCAAGCAAUGGCAAGAAAAACCACUCUGUCUCGGCAACAGUGGUUCCUGUAGAGGUUACUUUUCAGGUCACAUCUUGGGAUUUGGAGAAGAUGAAUUAGGUGAAGUUUACAUUCUAUCAAGUAGUAAAAGUAUGACCCAGACUCACAAUGGAAAACUCUACAAAAUUGUAGAUCCCAAAAGACCUCUGAUGCCCGAGGAGUGCAGAGCCACGGUACAGCCUGCACAGACAUUGACUUCGGAAUGCUCCCGGCUCUGUCGGAACGGCUACUGUACCCCCACGGGCAAGUGUUGCUGCACCCCAGGAUGGGAAGGGCACUUCUGCAGAAUUGCAAAAUGUGAGCCAGCGUGUCGUCAUGGAGGUGUCUGUGUGCGACCGAACAAGUGCCUCUGUAAAAAAGGCUAUCUUGGUCCUCAGUGUGAACAAGUGGACAGAAACAUCCGCAGAGUGACCAGGACAUCACCUAGAUGAAACAUCUUUGCCCUGUCCUGUAAAAUACUAAAGUUACAUUUUUCACCAACUUAAUUGGAAAGAAGGGGAGUGAGAAAGCAAACAGUCUUUAAUGUGCUGUGGAUCUAAUCUAGCAAUGUGCCCCUGUGCCAACAUGUAAUCAUUAACGACGGAUGAAAAAGCAAGAAAACAGCCAAUCCUUAUAAAAUUCCAGCAUUAAACAUAUGUAAAGUGCUUUUCACCAUAGCAAGACUGUCAGAGUAUAUGUGAUUAGAACGUUGCAGAUUUCACACUGAAUGAAACUCACUGGAGAAGAGCUCACUCGUUUCUAACAAAUCUUGGCUAUGUAAGCUUAAAAUACUAAUUCUUGCCAAAUAUGAGUUUUAAUGUAUAUGUUCCUUUUAAGACCUCAGUGAAAAUCCUCUUUGGUUAAUGUAUGAAUAAAUUUCUAUAAAUGUUCUGUUCAGGUUUUUAAAGAAAUGCCAUGAUCUAAUUUAAAACUGCAAAAAGUCUGAUAGACAUUUUUCUUACUGGUUUUUGAGGCCAGCUCUCCACAUUUGGAUUGUAACAAAAUCAUAAGGCCUCUUUGCACUACUGAGAAAGCAUCUAUCGUGACGUGCACACACCCGCUAUGGGUUGUCCUUCUGUAAACAUCUGUUCUUCCAGAAUCUAAAUUGUAGACUAGUAUAGAAUAUGAGCACAGGCUGACUUUCCAAACCCACUCCUUACCUUUGGGAAUAUGAACCUCAAUUAAAAAGAAUAAAAUCGGGUAACUAGUAUUUCUCUAUUGUUUUAAAGUGAGAGGUUUGUAAUUAAAGCACAGUGAGCAUUUAUGUAGAAAGGUUGGUUAAGUACACUGCUCUUGUCUUCCAUAUAUGAUUGCUUAAGUUUCAAGUGACCUCAUGCCAAAUGGAAAUGGGUUGAGAAAUCUUGGUUCAGUGCUUAGUGAACAAUAGCCUGCAUUAAAAAGUGCAUGCAUAAUUUUGCACAAUUUAGAUUCAAUUGACAGUCUAUUCAAAGAAGUCUCAGGAUUAAAUGAGCAUGGAGACCAAAUUGCCCUCUUACCCCAGAAAAGGGGUGGUCCCUUCUAGUCACACUAACACUUCAUUGGCCCAAGAGUGUGACAAAUCUUGCAAUGAACCUGCAGUAGCCCGCAUCUGGAGGUUAAUAGCAGUCUUUUGUCUCCUUUGCUUUCUCUUCAUAGCCCUUUUACUGAAUUCCAUCACAGAAAGUUUUACAAUUAAAAAAAAAAAUGUCCUGACAACCAUUUUUGUAAAUGGACCUUACCAUCUAAUCGUCCCUUAUUCAACGUGGGUGACAUUAACAAAAUGUGAACUUCUGGUGAGGGAGCCAGCUGUCUAAAUCUGUCAAAUUGUGCAGUUUUAUUACACAUUCUCCUGUUCAUAGUUUCACUGAAAACAAUAAGGAUACUGCUAUAUAUUCAGCAAAAUCUGAAAAAUCCAGGGUUUCUUCUUACACACUUAAUCUCUCCAUCUCUUCCAAAAGAAUCUUUCCAAACGAAAAGGUGUUAUAUUGCCACUAGUCCUACUGUUUAAAAAUAUCUAUAUUAAAUUGACCAGACCCAAACGUUUACACAGUCCUUUCCCAAGUGAAAGAGUUUCAAAUGUCUUAGAAAAACAUAUGUACCCCAGGUGUCACUGCCUUUUCUAUUGUGAAUCAUUAGAAUAAAAGGCUAAACUCUUCUAAAAGCGAAGAUAGCAAGAUCCAUGGAUAUUAAACCCGAGCAAAGAAAGUCAAGUCGUUGGAGCCAUUUCUUUUUGUUCUUGGGAGAGACGUAAAUAGCGGUGGCUAAUUGAUGGAGACAUAUUUUAAACUCAGUGAUCAUUUCAAAAAAAUCUUUUGACCUUUCUUUUUUCCAGUCAGAUUUUUAAACUGUGACUGGAGAAUUCUCUUGAAUGAUACAUGAUAGGCAGGUAGGAAUUGGUUAAAAGUAUGAGCUAGGGAAAAAGUUAUUGUUUUGUCCUGUGAAUGGCAAUGUCUACUUGGUUCUGGAAGCACACAAUCAGAAUGCAAAAAAUUAUGUCCUUGGUAUGAGUGUAGAUGUGUGAGAUAAAGCUAAAAUAAAGAAAUGGAAAAAUGUAUAUUAUUACCCCUUUGUCCAUUCUGGACCUUAAGCUUUGGGUGUCCUUUUAAUGUGAAAUGCUGUUAUGGAAGUUAUAAAGGUUGGAAAAAAAAAACUUUCUACCAUGGCUUUGGCCAAACUCUUGUCCUGGUUAAUAGAACCCUGCUUUCUGGCCAGUUAUUUAAGGUAAUGAGAAGAAAACUGAACUGGCACAUCAUUAAACUGAAAAGAAAAGAAGAGUUAAAAAAAAUAAGGUGUGCGAUGAUAAAAAGUUCCAUCUAUACCUUUUCUUCUUGGAAUUUUGUUUCGGUGUGGCUAUUGUAAAAUAUAGGUCUUAUUCUUUCACAAAGAAUACUCAGAAGUUUUCUCAGAUUAUUGGACUAUCUCAUAAAGAAAGAGCAGAGAAACAUACACAUACAACAAAGACGCACGACCUGAAUAGAAAACCAUUCUCUUUUUCAUUUAUAUACUUCAGAGCAGGUGCCUCUUCUCUAUUGAUUUCUUUGAAAAUAAUUACAGCCCAAUGUAUUAACAACCUUAAUAUGUUUCUUUUCGGUAUUAUUUUUUAAUCUCUGAAUCAUAAACUGUAUAAUAAGCCUACCAGGUAUGAAAUAUGAGGUUAGAUGCUACAUCCAGGGUCUUUCAAAGCACACAUUAACUUAAACUUAAUUAUUAGUCUAACAUUCUUAGCUCUGAAACAGAAAAGAAAAAGCAAGACCAAAUUUUUAAGAGGAAAAAUAUGUAUACCCUAGGCAGAUGUAGUUGGCCGAUUGAUAAAGUUUCUGAGCGUCUCUACAGAAUGUUACCUAUAGUAUUUAUCUCUACCCCAUCUCUGUCUCUCUCUCUGUCUCUCUGUCUCUCUUCUCUCACCUUCCCUCCCCACGCCCCUCAUAUAUCCUUCUUCCUGUAACCUCUUCCUGCUCUUCCAUUUCUAUUGGUUUUGACUAAACAGACAUGUCUUCAGUAGUACACCCAUAAUGAAGAUGUCCUGGGGUAGAUAGCUAUUGAUUUUGCUCAUUAUGACCUUUGUUUUCCUGAAAAACACUCUCUCCCAAUGUCACAUGUGCUCAGACUCUAUCAUGAAGAACAGUAGACAAAUAUGAAUAUAUUAGAUCGACCUAUUACAGUUGUCAAAAAAAAUAACCAAAAGGAUAAAUGACUACAAUCCUGGAUGCUCCAGCUUGGCUUGUGUUCCAUCAUAGAUACAGGAAAACACAAAGAAUACCCCAGUCAAGAGCUUGAGCUAACAGUAGUAAAAGUUAGUAGCUAUUUCCUAGUCAGGCAUGACCAUCUGUAUGGAGUCUGUUUUGAAGAUUAUUCCAAAUCUCUCCUUUCCCCACCUCUGGGUUGAGACUUGAACUUGCAGAGAAAUCAGACCAAAGUUCCAUGCCCAGAAAAUGUACAUAUAUCUGUAUCCAUGCUAGGAAGUUAGUGAGCCUAUUAUUGUGAAUACUUUCAGAAAGGCCCUCUUCAGAAUAUCCUAAAGAAAUACGUUUGCUAUCUUACGUUCUUUCUCUUCAUCACUCUAACACAAAUUAGUCAUACCUCCAAUAAUUAACGAUGUCAGAGAAGGUGGACACUGAAUAAUAGAAGCAUUUUGAUAUGAAAAAUACUAAAACCAUGACCUUAAAAUCUGCCAAACACUAAUCCUAGCCAACUUCAACACUUCUGUCUCUUAAAUAUCUUCUCGUAAGGUUUAAAAUUGCUUUAAAAUAAGUGUUUAGGACAGUGAGCUGCAUUCAAGACAGCAAGAGUGCCAUUUUCUUGUCCAUCAUAGUGGUACCCUCCCUAGCUGCUAGGAAGAGAUGUAUUCAUUUGUCAGCUCAGCACUUUUCUUAAAAUCUCCAAUUAAAUCUGAACCCAGGAGAUGCCCAUCAUUUACCUUGCUUUCUUUUGUAUAGGUCAUAUAUAAGCAGAUUGAAAAAAUAAAGAGUAAAUAAUGGAUUCUUGGUAUCCACAUAAAGCCUUAGGUCUAAAAAUUGUUAAUGCUUUUUUUUUUUUUUUUUGCCAGAUUACACACUGACUUACCACAAAAAAAAAAGAAAAGAUAUCAAUUCAACAUGAAUUCUAACCUAUUAGAAUUUGCUCAUGUAUAUCACAGUCAGACAUCUAGUUUCAGUAAGGAUAUUUUUUUGCAUGUGUCAAUUAUAUAUUACUUAAAAUCAAAAUGUAUGUAUAUUUUAUAUAUACAUGCAAAUUAACAAAUGUUUGGUGGGUUAUCUCAAUUGACUAUAAUAUGUUAAGUUAAAAAAAACACAUUUUUAGCACAUAGGAUUGAAAGAACAGAACAUUAACAGUGCUGUAAAAUUCAUAAUGGAUAAAUUUACAAUAAACUUUGUCUUCAUAGUUAGAAACUAAUUCCAGUACAUUUCUCUUUGCACUGAUGACUAGCCAAUAGUUUCCAUUCAUAUGAACAAUGUGUGAUCAGGUUUGGUGUAGUCUAUGCCCAGAAUGUAUGUUGGGUGUUUACCCCAUUCUUAAAAUCUGAGACAUGACUUUUCCUAGAAUAAGUUAAGAUUACAUGUAUAGUAGAACCUAAUACUAUUAAUACAUUCUAUUCAUAAUACUAUUAUUGAGAAAUUAAAUUGACAGCCUUAUGAGAAUCAGGUGCUCUCCGUAUCUCAUAUCCACAGGACAUUUUUGGACAUGCAUUUCACCAAGAACCACAUAGUAACAAGAUAAAUGAUAUGAAGGUACUAUGGAAUUUGGAUGGCUUGAUUCCCUAGGACAUAUUAAUUUGAAAGAAACCCAUCUAAUUAAAAUGAAAAAAUUAUCAAAUCAUUAUCAUCAAUAAGCAUAAAAGAAAUCUGAAAAAACAAAACAAAACCCCUGUGUCUUCCUUGGCUUUAUCUUUAUGAUUAAUUUAGUCCAGUUUUAAAGAAUAGUUAGCUUUCUUAUUCUUCUAACAUGUUUUCGUUCUUCUAGCUGUUCAUUUUCCUUUAGGUUGUUGACAAGUAACGAAUCCUUGCCUGAAUUUCUGUUAGGACGUGGAAAGCUGUGAGAACAAGUGGUAAAGGCAGGUACAUGUUUGAGGGAGCAGAGGUAAUAUAGGUACUAGUUGGGAUUUGCAUAAAUGUUCUUCUGAAGGGUAAUAGGCAAAGUCAUUGGCUCAGAUAAUCCCUCUAAAUUUGACUUAAUCUGAUUUAUUUAACCAAGUUAUUAAAACAUUCAGUUCUCUUUGAUCAAUCCUCUAUUAUUCAGCUACCUUUCCAUUCAUUAACUCCACAAAUAUUUAUUGAAGUGCCUGGAAUGAUUAUGUGCUAUAGAAAAGGCAAGGAUGUUUACAAUGGGGGAUUGUGAGCCCAGUGGGUAUGAUGAACAUGUUUGAAGCAAAAGACAAUAACCAGUCACACCCAAGCAGCUCCAAUUCAGCUCAACUUAGAGUCCAGCAAUAAUAGUACAGAUGGCCUAAAGUACAUCUGUGUGUAUCUGUACGUGUGCACACAUCCAUGUAUAUAUAUAUUUAUCUAUCUGUACAAACACUACAUAUGUAUACACACUAUCUAUGUAAUAUAUAAUAUAUGUAUAAUGCAUAUAAAUUCUAACAAGUGUAUUUGUGUUAUCUUUAAAAUAGAACGAUUGUAUCUUAAAGUGGUAAAUGCAGAGAAUUGGAUUUUAUUGUUGAUCUGUGGAUUUAAUGAUUUUUAGGUGAAAAGGAUGUUUAAGUGUACAAUUUCUUUUCUUAAUUUAAUAUAUUUAUGUAAAUGCAUGCCUGAAAUUUGGUUAGAUUGGCUGUGUUUUGUGUCCUUUAACAUGAUCAAAUGUAUUAAACUUUAUCUUAUGACCUGA